AACAAAAUAUCUCUUUUUUUGUAAUUACUUGCCUUCGAUCUCAAUUUAGAGCCCUCCCUGAGAGCACUGGUGUGAGGAUCUCAAUCAGUCAUUUUCGGGCCUUGCUGAGAUCGUCCUCUUACACUGGGAUUUGUCGCCCUUGUAUGUUGCAUCAACGCAUAAAAUGAACUUGAAAGGGCUUCCGACAGAAACAGGGCCUCAUCAUCUAAUGACAUGUGGUGCAGUCCGGCUGCAUAUGUUGCGGCAUGCACAGCGUGGCCCAACCAGCAGGAGGUCACGGUCACAAAUUCGGCGUCCAUUCGCAGCAGAACAAGAUGGGGAUAGGGGCCGAAAAUCUGGAAGAAAGGGUUCAGCAUGGGGAAAGGAGGGCAUCGACCAGCACCCUGGAGCCCAGAUCAGAAGCCUAGCAGUCUCUCCAGGGCCACUAUUGACCAGGAGGGAAUUUGCUGCAGCUGUGACGGCCUCAGCGGCUCUGCUAUCCUGUACAGCGCCAAGCAGGGCGGCACCGGCUGUUGGGUCCAAGCCGACACUGGCAGAAGUCACGCCAGAAGUGGCACCCGCAGCGCCCCUGUCAUCCAGGGAGCAGGCCGUGAUCGACGUCUUCGAGCAGAGCACCCGGUCUGUGGUCAAUGUCUUUGAUGUCACUCUUCAGGGGAAUGCGAGGCCGGUGCCUCAAGAGGAUCAGCCGGAGGGCAAUGGCACCGGAUUUGUAUGGGAUGCCGAUGGCAACAUAGUGACUAACUUCCACGUCCUCGCCAGCGCGCUUGUCGCCAUCACCCGGCGGCCGGGAGGACCCCCGCGAGAGGGGGGCCCCCGCCCUGUCGUCGCAAAAAUCACCCUCUUGGGAGCGGAUGGCUACAACCAGACAUAUGACGCAGUGCUGGUGGGAGCGGACAGAGCGAAGGAUCUGGCAGUGCUGAGGAUAGCGGCGCCAAAAGAGGCGCUGCGGCCUGCCCGGCUCGGGCAGUCCGGGCAGCUGCGCGUCGGGCAGCAGGUGCUUGCCAUCGGCAACCCCUUCGGCUUCGACCACACCCUCACCACAGGUGUGAUAAGUGGGCUGGGGCGGCAGAUACAGAGCCAGGUGGGCAGCAGCAUCGGGGGCGCCAUCCAGACAGACGCGGCCAUCAACCCUGGCAACUCGGGGGGUCCGCUGCUGGACUCGGGAGGGCGAGUCAUCGGGGUCAACACAGCCAUCUACACAGCGUCGGGGACGUCCGCAGGCGUCGGAUUUGCGAUCGGCAUCGAUACUGUCCGCCGCGUGGUACCGCAGCUGCUGCAAUUUGGCAAAGUGACGCGGCCGGCACUCAACAUACAGCUGGCGUCCGAGGCGGUGGCGCGCCAGCUGAAGGUGACUCGCGGCGCGAUGGUGCAAGCCGUGGCGCCAAACUCGGCGGCCGCCAAAGCCGGGCUGCUGCCGACGAGACGUGCGCUGUCAGGCAUCGUGGCGGGUGAUGUCAUCACCGCCUUAGAUUUGCGGCCCGUGACUAAGCCAGGUGACCUCGCACUUGCGCUGGAUGAUUGCAGCGUGGGCGACAAGAUCGUGCUGACAGUGCAAAGGGGCGGACCGCAGGAGCUAAAGCUUCCCCUAGAGUUAGAAGCAGAGAUGGCGUGA